AUGGCCUCUCGAUCGCCUACACUUCGUGCCUCAUCCGACCCCUUCGGUCCAGACCAAGAGAAAGACCUCCACGGUCUCGAAAAUCCACCAGUCCUGGGCGACCGACACCCGGAUAUCGACCCUUCGACGGAGAAGAGACGUUCUUCUCUUGGCGCUGCAUGGCGGCGCCAAAGUGAGUAUCAAGAGACAGACCCCUUUGGAGAUGACGAUGAAGAAGGCGGAGUCAAGUAUCGGACUUUGGAGUGGUGGCAAUGUGGCAUGAUUAUGAUUGCCGAGACGAUAUCCUUGGGCAUUUUGUCUUUGCCAUCAGUCCUGGCGACAAUCGGUAUGGUUCCAGGAGCCAUCCUCAUCGUUGGACUUGGUGUUAUAGCAACGUACUCGGGAUAUGUCAUUGGACAAUUCAAGGCAGCGCAUCCUUGGGUCCACAAUAUGGCAGAUGCAGGCUACGUUCUCUUCAAACCAAUGGGACCACGCGCAGCUGCUAUCGGUCGCGAAGUCCUGGGCGCGGCGCAGACAAUCUUCCUCAUUUUCAGCAUGGCGAGUCACAUUCUGACUUGGACCAUCUGCUUGAACACACUGACUGACGGCGCCGCCUGCACGAUUGUAUGGGGCAUUGUCGGAUUGAUUCUCUUCUGGAUCUUCGACAUCCCCCGAACUCUGCUGAAAGUGUCAUGGCUUUCGUGUGCCAGCUUUUUCAGCAUUACGACUGCGGUGAUCGUCACCAUGGCAGGAACAGGAGCCAAGGAUACGUCGCAUGGCCAUUUCCACGCCACCCAGUCGGCGACCUUUGCCACGGCAUUUCUCAGCGUCACCAACAUUGUGUUCGCAUAUGCUGGUCAUGUAGCUUUCUUCAGUUUCAUCUCGGAGAUGAAGAAUCCGCACGACUUCCCGAAAGCCUUGGUCUUGUUGCAGGUCACCGACACCGGCAUGUAUUUUCUGGUCGCAAUGGUGGUUUAUGCCUAUGGUGGAGAUCAGGUUGAUUCACCGGCCUUGGGAUCCGCGGGAACACUGGUUGGGAAAGUCGCCUGGGGCCUGGCGAUUCCGACAAUUAUCAUCGCCGGCGUUAUUUAUGGCCACGUCGCUUCCAAGUAUGUCUACGUGCGUCUCUUCCGAGGAACGAAGCACAUGUCCAAGAAGACUUUCCUUGCCGUGGGCAGCUGGCUCGCCAUCACCUUGACAGCGUGGGUGAUUGCGUGGAUCAUUGCCGAAUCAAUCCCCAACUUCAACGAUCUGCUGGCUCUGAUCUCGAGUCUGUUCGCUUCCUGGUUCACCUAUGGGAUCUCCGGGAUUUUCUGGCUGUUCAACAACUACGGCCAAUAUACCAGAAAUUGGAGGAAGAUGGUUUUGACUGUGGUCAAUGUCCUGAUGUUCCUCCUAGGUGCCGGUAUCUGUGGAAUGGGCCUGUAUGCCAGCGGUUACGCCAUCGCUAAUGAGCCAGGCGGGAAUAGCUGGACAUGCAAGAGCAAUUCACAGUGA